AUGUCUUUCGCCCCUACAACCCCCUAUCAACCCUAUGCGGCUGCCCAUCAAAACAUAGCUGGUCCAGAUGAUGGCCGUCCUACAGCUCUCCAGAUUAUCAAGGACACGAACGCCGCCGGCACACUCAAGGGUAGAACGAUUCUCAUCACUGGCUGCAGCUCAGGGAUCGGUGUCGAAACUGCACGUGCACUGUACGAGACUGGUGCAAAGCUUUUUCUCACCGCCCGUGAUAUCCCAAAACUGGAAAAGGUCAUCGAUGACAUCGUAUCCAAUUCCUCAUCCAAAGAUACGCCUCGUCCGGAAUCAGUAGAGAUCCAUCUGGAUUCAUUGGACAGCGUCCGUAAGGGAGCUGAGGACUUCAAGCAGCGCUCAAACGGACAGCUCAACAUCCUGAUCAACAACGCGGGAGUCAUGGCCUGUCCCUAUUCAAAGACCAAGGAUGGAUUCGAAAUGCAAGUUGGUGUCAACCAUUUCGCUCACUUUCUCCUGUUUCAACUGGUCAAACCACUUCUGCUGAAGUCCGCCGCCGAUUCUGGUGUAUCCAGUCGUGUCAUCAGCGUGUCAUCUGCUGGCCACCGCGCAGGGGGUGUACGAUUCGAUGACAUUAACUACACGAAAGACCCUUCGUCCUUCCAUAAGUGGGCUGCCUACGGUCAAAGUAAGWCUGCCAACAUUUACAUGGCAUCCUCGAUUGAGCGACACUAUAGCUCCCAAAACUUACACGCAUCGAGUGUUCACCCCGGUGGUAUCAUGACUGAAUUGGGUCGUCACAUGGACGAAUCGGACUACAAAUUCUUGGACAUGGACAGUUUUAGGCGCUUUAUGAAGUCUCCAGCGCAAGGGGCUGCAACGACCGUUUGGGCCGCCGUGUCUCCUCACUUUGAGGGGAAGAAUGGCGGGAGGUACUUGGCCGAUGCUGGCGAGCAAGGUCCUGCUCCAAAAGAUGCUCCACUUGGUGCCGAUGGAUAUGCGCCUCAUAUCUACGAUGAGGAGGCCGAAGAGAGGCUGUGGAAGUUGAGCUUCGAGGCUGUGGGAUUACCCGCCGAUGAUUAG